GCUGUUUAUUAAGCCUAGGGCAAAUGGGAGUACUAAAAAAAAGAGAUAGCUAUAACUACGUCACGUGACUCAACAUUUCCUUUUUAAGACGUUCGCGGUGCCCUUCAAAUGACAUUUCGUACGUGAUAUUUGGUCGGUGCGCAUCGUUGUGUGUUGGUUUUUCAGACUUAAUAAACUUAAAAUCUCAUCAACGACAUGUCAAAAAUCGGUAUCAACGGAUUCGGUCGUAUCGGCCGUCUCGUCUUGAGGGCUGCGGUAGAAAAGGGGGCUCAAGUGGUCGCCGUCAACGACCCCUUUAUUAGCGUCGACUACAUGGUCUACCUCUUCAAAUACGACUCGACCCAUGGAAAAUUCAAGGGCACAGUUGGCGUGGAAGGUGGCAAUUUGGUCGUCAACGGAAACCCUAUCCAAGUUUUCCAAGAGAAGGACCCUAAGAACAUCCCAUGGGGCAAAGCUGGUGCCGAGUACAUUGUAGAAUCCACAGGGGUGUUCACCACUAUUGAGAAGGCUUCCGCCCAUUUGGAGGGAGGCGCGAAGAAGGUUAUUAUUUCCGCUCCUUCUGCCGAUGCACCCAUGUAUGUUGUCGGUGUCAAUUUGGACAAGUACAACCCAGCUGACAAAGUAAUCUCCAAUGCCUCGUGCACCACCAACUGUUUGGCCCCGUUGGCGAAAGUGAUCCACGACAAUUUCGAGAUCGUCGAGGGUCUGAUGACGACCGUGCACGCCACCACCGCCACCCAAAAAACGGUCGAUGGCCCGUCGGGCAAAUUGUGGAGGGACGGACGCGGGGCCCAGCAGAACAUCAUCCCGGCGUCGACCGGUGCCGCGAAAGCGGUCGGUAAAGUCAUUCCCGCCUUGAACGGCAAAUUGACCGGGAUGGCGUUCAGGGUGCCGGUGGCCAACGUUUCGGUCGUCGAUUUGACCGUGAGAUUGGGCAAAGGCGCCACCUACGACCAGAUCACCGCCAAAGUCAAGGAGGCCGCGGAAGGACCGUUGAAGGGCAUCUUGGGGUACACCGACGAACAAGUCGUCUCCUCCGAUUUCAUCGGGGACAAUCACAGUUCGGUGUUCGAUGCCGCGGCCGGGAUCUCCCUCAAUAACAAUUUCGUCAAGUUGAUCUCGUGGUACGACAACGAAUACGGGUACUCGAACCGCGUCGUCGACUUGAUCAAGUACAUCCAAACUAAGGAUUAAGGGAAAUCAACACCACCACCAGCACCCAUUUUAGAUAUUUAAGUUGAAGCAAAAAUUUACUUUCUCCUUACCAAAAAAAAAACAUGGUUCUUCUCGGUUUUUACGGAAAACCUCGAAUUAGUUAGGCCUCAUGAUUUUUUUUGUAGUAUUUUUAUUUGAUUAUUUAUUGAUGUAAUAGCAAAUGAAGAAAUAAAUGUGUUAUUACAAGUCAUAAA